AUGCCUCCAAAGCGCAAAGCACCUCUCGAAGCGACUGAAUCCGAGCGACCCCUCACUAGAUUUCGAACACGUUCAGCUGAUCUCGCGUCGUCUACAGAACUUCCAGCGCCCCGUCGCACUCGAGCCCGUGGUCCUGCCUCUCCCAUUCUAGAAGUAUCGGAACCAGCAGUGAAGCGCCGGAGAGCUGGAGCGCGAAAAGCUGAAUCCAACAACAUCACUGGCGAAAUAUCUCAGAAAGACGAAUCUAGCCAUCCUGACGAGACUCCAGACGUGGUGCCUGUGCGUCGUGGCCGACCCAGAAAACCGUCUACCUCCGAAGGAGUCCCAAAGACUAAACCCGCUCGUCCCACCCGAAUAAUACGAUCGAAGGCUCAAGAACACUCACAGCAUGAGGACGAACAUGAGUCGAACGAUAAAGUGGUCCAGGCCCCGACGCGUCGCGGGCGACCUCGCAAAGCUGCCUCUUCUGUACCUCAGAGCUCCAAGCCUGUGAUGGUCAACACUGUAGCACCUGAGCCUCACGAGGUAAGAUCAAAUGAAUACGCGACUCAGUCUCUCGUACCCGUGCGCCGAGGCCGACCCCGCAAAGCCGCCACUCUUGCGUCUCAGAACUCCAAACCCUCGAAGAAGCUGAAACCAGAUAUCAUUCCUUUGGAACCUGAUGAAUCACACUCAGACACGGAGGAACAUGAACAGUCUAAGGGUUUAGAGGAACCCUCUACGGCCCUUCAACCUUCUUCGAAAGUUGUGGACGAGCAGAUAGCAGAAGCAUCCUCACCCGCCAUCUACACCUCCGCCAACUAG